AUGCCGCCUUCCACAUGUUGCCCACCUGGGAUCGAAGCUGGGCCUCAUCCGACGGCACCUCCAGGCCCGCGUCGGCAGCGGAUGCAGCAUCAUGUUGUUGGCUUCCCCCGAGCUCGUGGCAUCGUGGGACGUCUCCACCGGGAGCUGCUCGGUCGGCACCUGCAGAGCAGCACCUCCCCGCCCAGCCCCCUGGAGGCCUGGGGCCCGCCGCAGGCGCUGGGCAGGCGCAGCGCCCCGAGCUGGGCAGCACCGCCCCGAGCCGCCAGAGAGCACCUCGCGCUGCAGGUCCUGGGGCUCCCGUGGGCCACCUUGGCCAGGACGCCUGCGCCGAGGCUCCACCGUCAGACCGGGGGCAACGGCAUGCUGCUGCCCUGGCGGGGUUCUCACGGCCACGCGCUUCUGCACCUCGGCCAGCCGCGCCUGCAGCUGGAUGUGGUCGCCGCGCUCCUCCUCCGGCAGCCUCUCUUCGCGCGCGAGCUCACCCUGCAGCGCUGCCACCCGCCGCUGCUUGGUUGCGAGGUCCGCCUCCAGCUUGGCGACGGCCUUGCCCGCCCGCUCGCACUCGCGGGACAGCCGCCAGAACUGGGCACCCACCGGCUGGUUAGCACGCUGCUGUGCUACCCGCUCUCCCCUAUUCGUCUUGAUGGCAUCCAGCAGACACUUCGAGAUGUCUCCAGGCCCUCCGCCUCUGACAGGGGCACAAAUUGCGCAUCGAGCCUGGCAAUCUUCGCGCUGAGGUUCCAGUCUGAGGCGUCGUCGCCGUCACUGUCCACCUCCACAGUGUCGGGCGGCUUCCCAGGCCCAGACGGCUCCUUGAGCCGCCGCUCCGAUUCUCGGAUCUUCUCUUCCAUGGCCUCUCCUGCUUGGGUGGGCGUUUGCGGGGCCUUCUCCUCCUCCUCUUCCGCUGCUUCCUGGCCUCUCCUCGUCCUCUGUCCCCUCGCCUCCUCCUUGGUUGUUUGGCCUUCUGGCCCUCGAGCGGCUCCCAUGACGAUAAGGAGAAGGGUAGUGAGAGGACUGGUUGUUUCCAGCGGCGCGGGCUCAAUGAGCCGACCGUCGUCAGCGCUGUGA